CCAAUCACAUUGCAGGAACUGAACCGUGAUACGUAUCAAAACGCGAAGGAAAAGAAAAGGAAAAAUCCCAAAUUCGUUGGACACUCUCUCCCUCCCAUGUGCUUGCUACCCUCUGCGUCAUAAGUAAGAGAAAAAGAUUAGAUUUUUGUUUUUAAAAUUGGGAAUUUUGUGUGUGGUUUUUGAGGAUCCAUGGCUGCACCACCAGUAAGAGCUCGGGCUGAUUAUGAUUACCUCAUUAAGCUUCUUUUGAUUGGUGAUAGUGGUGUGGGGAAGAGUUGUCUGCUUUUACGCUUUUCUGAUGGUUCCUUUACUACUAGUUUCAUUACGACUAUUGGCAUUGAUUUUAAGAUAAGAACCAUUGAGCUUGAUGGUAAGAGGAUCAAAUUGCAAAUCUGGGAUACAGCUGGUCAAGAGCGAUUUCGAACUAUUACAACAGCUUACUAUCGUGGAGCCAUGGGGAUUUUGCUGGUUUAUGAUGUUACAGAUGAGUCAUCUUUCAACAAUAUUAGGAACUGGAUUCGCAAUAUUGAACAACAUGCUUCAGACAAUGUCAACAAGAUACUGGUUGGGAACAAGGCUGACAUGGAUGAGAGCAAAAGGGCUGUGCCCACCUCCAAGGGUCAAGCUCUUGCUGAUGAGUAUGGUAUCAAGUUCUUUGAAACUAGUGCAAAGACAAAUUUGAAUGUGGAGGAGGUUUUCUUUUCGAUAGCUCGUGACAUUAAGCAAAGGCUUGCAGAAUCUGAUAAUAGGGCUGAGCCCACGACGCUCAAAAUUAACCAGCAAGACCCUGCAGCAAGUAGUGGUCAAGCUGCCCAAAAGUCAACUUGCUGUGGCUCGUAAACUGAAUAAAAAGAAAAAACGCAGAUUCAGGAUGGAGGAUUCAGCUCUUGGCAGUCACUCAAAUGUAAAACUAAUUGUGAUGACAUUAUGGUGGUUUCAUGUAUUUAUCUCUGUUAUUUUUUUCUUUCCAACUACCAGGCUUAGCUUGUUAAAGAUAAAGGCAGUUCCUUUUUUCACUUAAAAGUUGUGGAAUUUUAUAACAUGGCAUGUGUCUUUCUGCUUCUUGAACUGAAAGUGACCCCUAUUAUGUAUUGAUCUUGAUGUAGAUAGACAAUCUGAAUUCAAGCUUGUU